AUGCUGCGCACAGAACAUUCCCGUCUCUUCCUCCAACAGGAUCACCACCCCAUCGGCCUCCCGCCUCCAACACAGAAACAUACAUCAACCAUCCACUCCCCGCCAUCUAACCUUCCCGAAUUCCCCCAAGCUCCCAUUCUCCUUUCCAAAAAAAAAGGGGAACAAACCAUGCCCCCCCAAACAUCCUGCGCCCCCUGCACCCUCACCUUCCCAACCCGCCUCGCCCUCCGCUCUCACAUCCGCCGCUCUGAAUCGCACCCUGAGUGUGACCCCUGCCACCGCAGCUUCCUCAACGAUCAUGCCCUCGCCACACACCUCGCACAGAGCCGCUUUCACAACAACCCGGCUCCCCCAACCACAGCAGGCAGCGCGCGAAUGGGAAGACGUCCCAGGCACCGGAGACGGAGUGAUAGGGGGAAGGUGCACGCUGAGGAGGGCGGAGAAUGCUGCGAUGAGAAACUUACACCCUCCAGACGAGAGCUCCGCGUCCCCCAACACAAGAUUUUGAUAUGGGCGCGUUACCCCUUCCGACGAACACCGCGCCGCAUCCUUCCCCCCGGCCAUGUGCGCGCCCUCCCGCGCCCCGUAUCGGCAAAACGUCUUGUCUCGGCUGUUGUACGGAAGGGGCCGCGGUAUUUGUUGAUGCUGCUGGUGAUGCUGCUUGUUGUGGUGGGGGUGAGGGGGUAUUGUGAGAGGUUUGGGUGUGGGUAUGUGAAUUAG